UCUCCUCCAGCCUGGAUGAGCUCUGCAUGCCUGCCCUGUUCUCUGAGGGGCUCCUCCAAUGGUCCGAGGAUUCCGACCUUCCCUAUCCGCCGCCGCAGCGGGAGCCCAACGUUUACAUGAUCCCGCAGGGAAUCAAACCCGUCCUGCAGCGCACGGCCAUCGAGAUCCUGGCCUGGGGGCUGAGGAACCUCAAGAGCUUCCAGCUGGCCAGCGUGACCUCGCCCAGCCUGCUGGUGGAGUGCGGGGGGCAGCGCGUCCAGUCCGGCGUCAUCAAGAACGUCAAGAAGAACCCCAACUUCGACGUCUGCGUGCUCUUCAUGGAAGUGCGUCUUCCCAAGGAGAGCCUCUACAGCCCCCCCAUCGUCCUGAAGAUCAUCGACAACCGCCCCUUCGGCCGGAGACCCGUGGUGGGACAGUGCACCGUCCGCUCCCUCCGGGAAUUCUACUGGGAUCCCUUCCAGCAGGACGCGGGGGCGCCCCAGGAGCAGCCAGAUGACGUCAGCCUGACGCCCCGGGACGACGUCCUCAUCGACAUCGAUGACCGAGAGCCCCUGAUCCCAAUCCAGCAUUCCGAGGGCUUGACGAGCUCAGCGCUAAUUAACAUCCCGGAUUCCCGGGCCCCGCCUCAUCUCUUUCCCUUGGGGCUGCAGAAGAUUCCGUGGGAGGAGGAAUUCAUCGACUGGUGGAGCAAGUUUUACGCUUCCACGGGAGAGAGGGAAAAAUGUGGAUGUUACUUGGAAAAGGGAUUUGACACCUUGAAGGUCUACGAGACGGAGCUGGAAAACGUUGAGGAAUUCGAGCACCUCUCCGACUUCUGCCACACCUUCAAACUGUUCCGGGGGAGAUCCCAGGAUUCCAGCGACGACCCCUCGGUGGUGGGGGAAUUCAAGGGUUCCUUCAGGAUUUACCCUCUUCCCGACGAUCCGCGCGUUCCCGCGCCUCCCCGGCAAUUCCAGCAGCUCCCGGCCAGGGGACUCCAGGAAUGCCUGGUCCGGGUUUACGUCAUCCGCGCCUUCGACCUCCAGCCCAAGGAUUCCAACGGGAAGUGUGAUCCCUACGUGAAGAUUUCCGUGGGAAAGAAAUCCAUAAAUGACCAGGAAAAUUACCUUCCCUGCACCCUGGAGCCUGUCUUUGGGAAGAUGUUCGAGCUGAGCUGCACCCUGCCGCUGGAGAAGGACCUCAGGGUCUCCCUCUACGACUACGACCUCCUGUCCAAGGACGAGAAGAUCGGAGAGACCGUCAUCGACCUGGAGAACCGCUUCCUGUCCAAAUACGGCGCUCGCUGCGGCCUCCCCCAGACCUACUGCCUCUCCGGCCCCAACCAGUGGCGGGACCAACUCCGCCCUUCCCAGCUGCUCCACCUCUUCUCCCUGCAGCACAACUACAAACCCCCCACCUACAAAUCCGACCGGAUCGUCUUCCGGGAUCAGGAAUACGUCCUCUCCGAGCUGGGUAAGAUGUGGCUGGUGGGGCACGAGGAGAACAAGCAGAAGACGGACGUCCACUACAGAUCCAUGGGAGGAGAAGGGAAUUUCAACUGGAGAUUCGUCUUCCCCUUCGAUUAUCUCCCGGCGGAGCAGAUGUGCCACGUGGCCAGGAAGGAACACUUCUGGAGCUUGGACAAGACGGAAAACAAGAUCCCACCCCAGCUGAUCCUCCAGAUCUGGGACAACGACAAGUUCUCCUUCGAUGACUACUUGGGGUCCAUCCAGAUGGAUCUCAACAGGAUGCCCAAGCCUGCCAAAACGGCGGAAAAAUGCUCCUUGGAUCUUGUGGACGAUUCCCUGUCCUCCGGCCGCUCCGUGUCCCUCUUCGAGCAGAAGACCGUCAAGGGCUGGUGGCCCUGCGUGGCCGAGCAGGAAAAGCGGAAGAUCCUGGCGGGGAAACUGGAGAUGACUUUGGAAAUCGUGGCGGAGCAGGAGCACGAGGAGCGCCCGGCCGGGAUGGGACGGGAUGAGCCGAACAUGAAUCCCAGGCUGGAGGAUCCCAAGCGUCCCGAGACCUCCUUCCUGUGGUUCACGUCCCCCUACAAGACCCUCAAGUUCAUCCUGUGGCGCCGCUACAAGUGGGCGCUGAUCCUGGCCUUCCUCCUCUUCAUCCUGCUGCUUUUCCUGGGAAUCUUCGUCUACGCCUUCCCGAACUACGCUGCUAUGAAACUGGUGAAACCUUUCAACUGAAGCUACUCCCGUGCCUGCCUGGGAAUUUUGGGAAGGAAUUCUGCCUCCGGAAGUGGAGAAGGGACAACCUCAUCCAGGCCUCCAGCUGCUGCCAAAGGCUCCGCUUCCCUUCGGAAUUCCACCCGGGAAGCGUCACGUAACCAAAGCCUCCAGCAAAAUAUUCCCGAUUUUCCAGC